AACUCGGGGAAGAAACUGCGAAAGGAGGCCAGAAGGAUGCAGCGAGUUCGGUUUGACCACCAGCUCCUCUUCCUCCCCGUCCCCUCCUCCUGAAUGGCGACAUCCUCCUUCCCAUCAAAUCUCUCCUCUCCAUUUGCAUCUCCUCCUCGUGCGCCCCGUGACUCCAUCAAAUCGCCUCGCCCCGUGCCCCCUGCUCAAAACCCUAGCCCUGCCGCAGCCGUCCUCCAUGGCUGCGGAUUUCCGCACCCCUGACCGCCUCCUGCCCGCCGCAACUGAGGAGCCGACGACCCCGCAGGGCCACCCUCCCAAUCCGGUGCUCAGCACCCCCACCGUCCCCGACGCCACCCACGAUGGCCUCCGCUUCUGGCAGUACAUGCUCGCCGGCUCCGUCGCCGGCGUCGUCGAGCACACGGCGAUGUUCCCCGUCGAUACCCUCAAGACCCACAUGCAGGCCAGCACGCCGCCCUGCCGCCCGACGCUAUCUCUGAGGGCGGCCUUGCGUAACGCCGUGGCCGGCGAGGGCGGCGCCCUCGCCCUCUACCGGGGACUCCCCGCCAUGGCGUUCGGUGCGGGCCCCGCCCACGCCGUCUACUUCUCCGUCUACGAGUUCGCCAAGUCGGCCCUCACCGACCGUCUCGGCCCCAACAACCCCGCCGCGCACGCUGCCUCCGGGGUCGUCGCGACCGUAGCCAGCGACGCGGUCUUGACGCCUAUGGACACCGUCAAGCAGCGGCUGCAGCUCACCAGCAGCCCCUACACGGGCGUAGGGCACUGCAUCCGCACCGUGCUGCGCGACGAGGGGCCUAGCGCCUUCUUCGUUUCCUACCGGACAACCGUGGUCAUGAACGCACCCUACACGGCCGUCCACUUUGCCACCUACGAGGCGGCCAAGCGGAUGCUCGGGGACAUGGCCGCCGAGGAGGAGUCCCUUGCCGUACACGCCACUGCUGGGGCCGCAGCAGGGGCACUUGCCGCUGCGGUCACCACUCCCCUCGAUGUUGUGAAGACGCAGCUACAGUGCCAGGGUGUGUGCGGCUGUGAACGCUUCUCAAGCAGCUCAAUAGGAGACGUGUUUAGAACAAUCAUAAAGCGAGAUGGGUAUUCUGGGCUCAUGAGGGGAUGGAAGCCAAGAAUGCUGUUCCAUGCACCUGCAGCUGCAAUAUGUUGGUCUACAUACGAGGCCUCAAAGUCAUUUUUCCAAAGGUUCAAUGAGGAAAGGCGGAAAUAGUCUGGGGGCAUUACUUUUAGACCCAUGUAUUUUUUUCUUGAAGUCAAUGUACUUCUUUCUAUACGGAAGCAUACUCGCUCAGCUGAAUGAGAAGACGCAGCUCCAGGAUGCGUUUGUUGGUGAUCCUUGUGCCCAAGAGCUGCCAGCGGUUGACUGAGAUCUGUCUAACGAAGAUCUGUCUGUGCCACUGUGUUCCUUUUCAGAUAAUUCGAUGUAUUUAUUUUUCCCAGCCUCGGGGUGAGGAAAUAACACUAGAAUAUUUCUUUUUCCAGUUUGAUCAGUCAGCAAGCUUAUCUGUACUGUUGUAUGGCCUCCUGCUCUGUGCCAGAUUUUUUUAUAUAAUUCAAAGGCUUUGGUUUCGUUGCAA